AUGGUACAUCUUGUUGCUGAACCGGGGUCAAUCACAGCCCAGGGCUGUGCUCGUGUCUUCAUCGAUACUAUCUUCCGACCUCACGGAUUACCCCGUGAGCUCGUGUCUGAUAGGGGCCCCCGCGUCACAGUGGAGUUCUGGCUAUCCGUGUUCCGCUCACUUGGAACACGUUUGACGAUGUCAACUUCUGACUAUCCAGAAACAGAUGGUCAGACGGAGCGCAUUAACCGCGUCCUCGGAGAGAUACUUCGAGGACAUGUCCACUCGUUUACGAGCUGGAGUGAGAUCUUGACGAUGGCGGAAUUCGCCAUCAACAACUCGGUGUACGCGUCAGCAACGCAUAUACGUUCUUCGUGA